AUGGCCCAUUUCUCAGGCGAGGACGAGGUGAUGCUGCAGGCGAUGCUGAGGCAGCUGUUCGAGAGCGUGAAGGAGAAGAUCACGGGUGCCCCCUCUCUGGAGUGCGCCGAGGAAAUCCUCUUACAUCUGGAGGAAACUGAUGAAAAAUUUCACAACUAUGAAUUUGUGAAAUAUCUUCGGCAGCAUAUAUGUAACACUUUGGGGUCUAUGAUUGAAGAAGAAAUGGAAAAAUGGACAUCUGAUCAGAAUCAGGAUGAGGAAUCUGGCUAUGACACAGUUGUACAGCAUGUUACUAAAAGGAUUCAGGAAUCUAAAGAAUACAAAGAAAUGAUGCAUUCCCUGAAGAAUAUCAUGAUGGUAGUGGUGGAAUCUAUGAUUAACAAGUUUGAAGAAGAUGAGAUGCGAAGUCAAGAGAGGCAGAAAAAAAUCCAGAAGGAGAAAAGCAACAGUUACUGCACAGAUAAUUGCUCUGAUAGUGAUUCGUCAUUCAAUCAGAGUUACAAAUUUUGUCAAGGAAAAUUGCAAUUGAUUUUAGACCAGUUGGAUCCAGGGCAACCUAAAGAGGUGAGAUAUGAAGCCUUGCAAACAUUAUGUUCAGCUCCACCAUCUGAUGUUUUGAACUGUGAAAAUUGGACGACUCUUUGUGAAAAACUGACAGUGUGUCUUUCAGAUCCUGAUCCUGUGUUUAGUGACCGGAUUUUAAAAUUCUAUGCACAGACAUUUACUCUUUCACCAUUACAUAUGACCAAGGAGAUUUAUACAAGCCUAGCUAAAUAUUUGAAGUUAUACUUUCUUUCUAGAGAAAAUCAUAUUCCUACUCUCUCAACUGGUAUAGAUACAAGUAAUCCUAAUGUGAUCUGCUUACUUAAAAAGGUUCGUCUUCUAAAUGAAUAUCAGAAAGAGGCUCCAUCUUUCUGGAUUCGUCACCCAGAAAAGUAUAUGGAAGAAAUUGUGGAAAAUACUUUGUCCUUAUUAUCAGUUAAACAUGAUCAGAGCCAUCUUGUAACACAAAAGAUUUUGGAUCCAAUUUACUUUUUUGCAUUGGUUGAUACCAAGGCUGUGUGGUUCAAAAAGUGGAUGCAUGCAUAUUAUAGCAGAACUACAGUACUGAGACUUCUAGAAAAGAAAUAUAAAUCCCUGAUAACUACAGCAGUUCAGCAGUGUGUUCAGUACUUUGAGUUGUGUGAAGCCGUGAAAGCUGAUGAGAUUUUGGGUCAUUCAAAGCAUUGUGGGAAUAAACAGAAAACCUUCUACUACUCAGGACAAGAAUUACAAUAUAUUUAUUUCAUUCACUCACUAUGCCUUUUAGGAAGGUUAUUGAUCUAUACACAAGGCAGACGGCUAUUUCCCAUAAAGCUGAAGAAUAGAAAAGAUUUAGUAUCCCUUACAGAUCUUCUGGUUCUGUUCACCCAACUUAUCUAUUACUCACCAAGUUGUCCAAAGAUGACAUCAGCUGCACAUUUAGAUAAUUACUCUCCUGCCAGUAUGGUGACUGAAGUUCUUCGGAUAUUGUGUGAUCAAAAAGAAUGUGCAAUCGAAUGCUUAUAUAAUAACACUGUGAUUGAGGCACUUCUUCAGCCUAUUCAUAAUUUAAUGAAAGGAACUAAGGCUGCUCCAAAUUGCUCUGAAACAGCUUUAAUUCAUAUAGCUGAUAUUUUGGCAAGAAUUGCAUCUGUAGAAGAAGGACUUACCUUACUACUUUAUGGAGAAAAUAUGAAUUCCUCUGAAGAAAAAAGCCCUACAGGUGCUCAUAUAAUUGCCCAAUUUUCGAAAAAACUUCUUGAUGAAGAUAUUUCUAUUUUUUCUGGAUCGGAAAUGUUGCCUGUGGUUAAAGGAGCUUUUAUUUCUGUGUGUCGUCAAAUAUAUGGUACAUGUGAAGGCUUACAAGUGUUAAUUCCUUAUUGUUUGCAUGAGUCUAUAGCAAAGGCAUGGAAGAAGACAAGUUUGCUAUCUGAAAGAAUUCCUACUCCAGUAAAGGGUUUGGAUUCUGUUUCUUCGGUAAACCAGGAAUCCCAAAACAUUAUGGCUUGGGAAGAGAAUUUGUUAGAUGAUUUACUAAAUUUUGCUGCCACUCCCAAAGGACUACUCUUUCUUCAAAGAACAGGUGCCAUCAAUGAAUGUGUGACAUUUAUGUUCAACCAAUAUGCAAAAAAAUUACAGAUCAGCAGGCAUAAAAAGUUUGGCUAUGGAGUUUUGGUAACACAAGUGGCAUCCACAGCAGCAGGUGCAGUAGCACUACAAAGUUCAGGAUUUAUUAAUGCACUUAUAACUGAAUUAUGGGCCAAUCUGGAAUGUGGAAGAGAUGAUGUUAGAGUAACCCAUCCUAGAUCUACUCCAGUGGAUCCUGUUGACCGGAGCUGUCAAAAGUCUUUUUUAGGAUUGGUGAACUUGUUACCUUAUCCUGCUGUUUAUGAGCUGGUAGGCAAUCAAGAUCUUCCUAAUAAAGCAGAAUAUUCUCUUCGUGAAGUCCCAACGUGUGUUAUUGAUAUUAUAGAUAGACUUAUAAUUUUGAAUUCAGAAGCUAAGAUUCGUUCUUUAUUCAACUAUGAACAAUCACACAUCUUUGGUCUAAGGAAUUUCAUAAUUGAUGGCUUAUCAGUAGAGAGAAAUCAUGUUCUUGUUAGAAUAAAUUUUAUUGGUGGGCCCAUGGAACGAAUUUUGCCUCCAAGGGUACUAGAGAAGGGUGAUGAUCCAUAUCCUUGGCCCAUGUUUUCUUCAUAUCCUGUACCAGACUGCUAUCUCUCAGAAGUUAGGAGAAAUGCUGAUCUAAAACAAGACAAUGAUCUUGCCAAACUUCUGUUAUGCUUCAAAAUGUCUGAUAAACAAACUGAGUGGAUAGAAAACUGCCGAAGACAAUUUUGCAAAAUGAUGAAGGCCAGACCUGAUAUAAUCAGUGGAAGUACUUUACAGGAAUUGCUUGAAAAAUUUGUGCUUCAUCUCUCUGAAAACCUCUCUGAAUGCUACUUCCCCUCAGUGGAAUAUACAGCCACUGAUGCAAAUGUGAAGAACGAAAGUCUUUCAUCUGUGCAGCAGCUUGGCAUUAAAAUGACUGUCAGAUAUGGCAAGUUCCUCAACCUGUUAAAAGACAGCGCAGAAAAUGAUCUUACCUUGGUUUUAAAGCACUGUGAGAGAUUCCUAAAACAGCAGCAAGCGCCCAUAAAAUCUUCUCUUCUCUGCCUGCAGGGGACUUACGCUGGCCAUGACUGGUUUGUAUCCUCUUUGUUCAUGAUAAUGUUGGGGGACAAAGAAAAAACACUCAGAUUUCUUCAGCAGUUCUCCAGGCUUCUGACCUCUGCUUUCCUUUGGUUGCCAAGACUUCAUAUUUCUAGGUAUCUAGCUACUGACACUAUAGAAUCUGGCAUCCAUCCAGUAUAUUUUUGCAGUACUCACUACAUUGAAAUGCUUCUGAAGGUGGAGGUGCCACUUGUGUUUUCAGCUUUUCACAUGUCUGGUUUCGCACCAUCCCAGAUUUGCCUACAAUGGAUAACUCAGUGUUUUUGGAAUUAUUUGGAUUGGAUAGAAAUCUGCCAUUAUAUUGCUACUUGUGUUUUCCUUGGUCCUGAUUAUCAAGUGUAUACCUGUAUAGCUAUAUUCAAACAUCUGCAGCAAGACAUUCUGCAGCACACUCAGACUCAAGAUCUACAAGUUUUCCUGAAAGAGGAAGCACUGCAUGGUUUUCGAGUGAGUGAUUACUUUGAAUACAUGGAGAUUUUGGAACAAAACUACCGAACAGUAGUGCUGAGAGACAUGCGGAACAUUAGAGUGCAGAGCACAUAGAUGGUGAAGUGCACGGUUUAAUGUCAUGUUUUAUU